UUUACAUUUUUAACCAGUUUGUGAGUAAAAUGUCCAUAAUUUACAUAUUGAUAAAUUCUUCAAAAAGAAUAUUUAAUCCUGUAAUAAAUCCAUGAUCAUUUAUCGUAUCAGUUUACAAAAAUUAUUGAGACUAUUCCAUUUGGCAAACUCUCUUACUAUUCUAAGUUAUAUAAUUUUAUCAACAUUCAUGGAAAACGUUCGAAGAGAAUUUCAUGUGAGUAGAUUUUCAUUCUUCCUAUAUGAUCUUCUGACUAUAAUUUUCUCUCUCGCAAUUUUGAUAUUGUAUAUUGUUCUUAUGGAAAACAUUUAAAGGUGUAAAACUAUGUUUAUGUUUAAUUAACAGUUGAACGUCCAGGCCAUCCCCUCUAUUAAUGAGGAAAAAGAAAGAGAACAAACUGAGAGACAUGAAAUAAACGUUUUCAUGGAAAACGUUCGAAAAGAAUUGCUUUUGAAAGUCCAGGUCAUCCCCUCUAUUGAUGAGGAGGAAGAGAGGAAGACAAGUGAACUAGCUGAGAGACAUGAAAUAAACGUUUUCAUGGAAAACGUUCGAAAAGAAUUGCCUUUGAAAGUCCAGGCCAUCCCCUCUAUUGAUGAGGAGGAGGAGAGGAAGACAAGAGAACUAGCUGAGGAGGAAAAAGUACAGAAAAAAAUAAAGGAUAAUGUCAAAAUGAAAGUAGACGUAAAAAGGAAACCAGAAGGGAGAUUGAAAAGAAUAAGAAGACGCAUUAGACGUCUAUUCUGUUGUGUUAGAGAUGAACAUUCUACCUAAAGAAAAGAUACAGAACAUGAAACUACCAGACAUAUGAUUUUGAUACAAUUUUGUACAGUGUAUAUUUUGUUAUUUGUUUUUUAUCCACAAAUUCUUUAAACGAAAGGGGGAACACUCGAGCUAUUGUGCUGUUUGGCUUGCCCAUAAACUUUUUUCAUUGAUCUUUCAACCUUUGAAUUUUAUGGGAAUUGUUCCAAAGUGUAGCUUCAGAAAUACAUCUGAGGUAAGCUUUGCUGACAAAAUUCACUUACUGUACUUUGGUUUAUCUUAUCUGGAACGAGGCAAGCGAGACAUAUCGCUGUGGUGAAUUACCAAAGCAAUACUACCACUACUACUUUUGGCCAUCCAGGGAAUGCCAAUUUCGCAACUAGGAAUGGGGACAGGGACUGUUCAAGAGAAUGAAAAUAUUUCAUCCUUUUGGAGAUGAAUUAAAGCUCCGUUGUUCUC